AUGGCCGACUUAAUAAUCACUCCAGUCAUUGAGAACUCAAUCAAACUGCUCCAAUAUGAGAUAAAUUUGCUUAGUGGAGUGAAAGAUCAAGUCAGCACACUGCAAUAUGAUCUUAGAAUCAUGAAUGCCUUCCUCAAAGAUUCCGCUGGUAAAGAUAAUAAGCGUUACCUUGUGAAGGAAGUAAUCGACCAAACCAAUGAAAUCGGUCUGGAGGCAGAGGAUAUUAUUGACACAUACAUAGCUAUAGCCAUAAAGAAACGCAGGAUGAACCGAAUGGCGAAAUUAUAUCAUGGAUUUCGCAAACCGAAGACGCUUCAUCACCUUGCGAACAAAACAACAAGAGUCAAAGAUUUAAUACGAAGUAUUAAUGAAAAUAAAUCAGCAUAUGGCAUCACAGAAGUCGAAUCCAGCAGUUUCGAUGCAGCGGCAGCACAGUUGGUUCGCAGGAAGAGGAUAAACGUCGAGGAAGACAACGUCGUAGGCUUCGAUAACCAAACAAAUCAUUUGGUAAAUCGGCUUACUCACCCACAAACCUCGCAGCUUGAUGUUAUUUGUAUCUACGGCAUGGGUGGUUUAGGAAAGACCACACUUGCCAGAAAGAUCUAUAACAACACUAGUGUGAAAAGUGCCUUUGAAUGUCGUGCUUGGGUUUAUGUAUCUCAAGAUUACAAUAUCAGGAACAUCUUUCUUGACAUUUUGAAGUGUGUUAUGCCAAAAGAAGCAAAGGAAAUGUCUCUUGAAGAUCCACUUAAAACGUCGGUUGAAGAUCUUCAGGCGAAAAUUCGCCAAUACUUGAGCGAAAAGAGGUACUUUAUUGUUAUGGAUGAUGUAUGGAAUCCUGAAGUAUGGGAAGAAGUAAGGAAAGCUUUUCCCGAUGAUAACAACAGAAGUAGAAUCUUACUCACCAGUCGGGAAAAACAAGCUGCUUCAGCUGCUAGCUCAACUUUGCCUUUUGAGUUAAAACCUCUCGAUGAGGAUCGAAGUUGGGAUCUCCUAUGCAAGAAGGUGUUUCGAGGUGAACCAUGUCCAACGGAUAUGGUGGUUGGUGGGAGGAAACUAGCAGAAAGUUGCAAGGGAUUACCACUUUCUAUUGUCGUUUUAGCAGGUAUUCUAGUAAACAAAGAGAGAUCAGCUCAAGUAUGGUCUGAUAUUCUUGAUGCUAAAGUCAAUUCGUUCCUCAUGGAGGAUGGAAUACCAUGCUUAGAUAUUCUGGCCCUCAGUGUCAAACAAUUGCCAUAUAAGUUGAAAACAUGCUUUCUAUAUCUUGGAGUCUUUCCGGAAGACUUUGAGAUUUCGACGAGGGAUUUAAUCCAGUUAUGGAUAGCUGAGGGAUUCAUAGAGCAAAUCGGUAAUAGAAAGGUGGAAGCUGUUGCAGAAGACUACUUGGAGGAGCUCAUCGACCGAAGUUUGAUCCAAACGGCGAGCAUGACCAGCGAUGGACGUGUAAGAACGUGUCGAAUCCAUGACCUCCUGCGAGACUUUUGUCUGAAACAGAGUGUGACAGAGAACUUUUAUGAGGUUCAUUCACAAGAUAAACUCUCAUCUAGAAGCAAGCGUGCCCGAAGACUCUCCAUCCACCAUAAUGAACUUUCGGAAUACAUCUCCACCACCGAUGCUUAUGAUCAGACUACAUCAUCAUCAUCAUCAUCAUUAUCAUCUGCUCGUUCGCUUCUGUUCUUCAGCCAAGCGAAAAGCUUGAUUAUUCAAGAAGAGGACUGGGUAUGUGUUUGUCAACGCUUCAAGUUUAUUCGAGUGUUGUUGCUUUUCGACGCAAGAUUAUCUUCGGAAUCAUCAAUUCCCAAGCAAAUAGAAGAGCUUAUCUAUCUGAAAUAUCUUGGGAUUAAAUUCAAGAAAAGGUAUUCAGAAUCCGAAAAUAGAUUAAAUCCAAUUCGGAUUCCGGAUUCCAUAUGCAACCUUCAGUUCCUAGAAACAAUCGACAUAAGAGCUUGCGUGUUAUGGCCGAAGAAUAUAUGGAGAAUGAAACAAUUAAGACGUCUAUAUGCUCGUCCAAUGAAGUUUCCAGAUAGUCCUUCCCACCAGAAGGCUGAAUUUUGCAACCUCCAAGUCCUUUCUAAUCUACUUGUUGAUCCGCAAACUGCAAAUUACAUAAAAGAGUCCAAAUUCCCGAAUCUAUCACAGCUGGGAUUGUACUAUGAUGGUGAUCCGAAGGAAGAUAACAUGAAUGUAUCUGUGAUGACGGAGAUACUAAUAAGCACGUCGAAAUUCAAACACCUGAGAAGAUUGCUGCUUCAUGGCUUUCCCAAAUCCGAGCCUAGUUUCAAGACUUUCCCAUCAACAAUCAACAAGCUAACCCUGUAUAUGUCAUUCGUGGAUUACAAUCUCGUCAAAAUCCUCAAAAGGCUUCCGAGCCUAAAUGUCCUGAAAAUAGACAGUCUGGAAGUCGGAAGCUUUAAAAGGCUGUAUGUUUGUGCAGGUGACUUCCCUCAACUCCAAGUUCUCCGGAUGGAAAGUUUUAAUUUGGAAACGUGGGAAAUGGAGAGCAAUGCAAUGCCAAAGCUUCAACGUUUGGUCCUCAGCUGCCCCUAUGGGUUGAAAGCUCUACCAGACGAGCUAUGGAGGAUGAGAGAGCUGAAACAUGUAGAGCUUCUAGACCCCUCAGAUGAGUUAACCAAGUCUUUAAAUAAUUCGACUUUCUUUGGAAGCCAUGGACAGCUUAAUCAGUCCGGGAAGCACUCUCCAUCUUUCUUUAUGACCAACGGAUGCCAUGUCUUAAUUGACUCUUUAUAUUAA